AUGCUGUUCCUGAGAGUAGACGAACAGCAAGGCGAAGGGGGAAAAGCCCACCUCGAGGGGCUGCUGCGGACAGACGGCUGCAGCGGAGCGGUGGAGACGUUGAGGGCGUUCUCGGUCUGCGGGACCUUGGUCGAGCCCAUCUCGGGAGUUCCGCAUCUGAUUCGGCGCGACACUGAUGAGGCAGCAGCUGGUGGGCCGACGCGGAGCAAGGCUAGCGAGAGCUUGGAGAGGAAAGAGAGGGAAACCCCGACCACCCAGGAACUGGCGACCACUUCGCUAGUUUACCUUCCGGCUAUCCCCUCGUGGCUACCGCUGUGGAGCUUGCUCUCUCCGUCCGACGCCAUCAGCAGCAGCAGGGGCGGCGAAUAUGGCAGCAGCAGCGGAAGUGGUGGCGUUGCGCAUCUUUCCGAGACACGAACGACCGGUGCAGACAAGACUCCGCCACACGAGCCUGCGGCCACCAGCGCCUCCAGCGGAGAUGAACCAAACGUCUCCGUCCUCAACCCGGCUCUCGACGGACUAGCUGCCGUUGGAAGCGGGGACAGUGUUGGCGGCGGCGGCAGCGGCGGCGGUAGAGGGGCCGUACGGCUCGUGCAAACCGUAGCCACGAGCCAGGCGCCGUACCGGUACGCCGUCGUCUUGCACUUCUGGGACGUGGCUGACGCGGUCUCUUUCGUGGAGAGGGUCAACGGACUCUCCUUGCCGGGCCGCGGCGUGGUGAAAGCUCUGUUUCUAUCGGGAGCGGAGGUUAUCCCAGCUCCAGGGAGUGGUGCUGGUGGUGGCGACGGUGGGGGCGCCGACGGGGCCGAUGCGAUUUCGUUCCGACAACGGCGAAGGCGAUCUCUAAGCGAAGGAGUGGCGCCAUCGUCCUCCUCCUCUUCGGGGGCAAAGGACGGGGCAACACUGCAGGGCAGCGGCAGCGAGGAGUCCAAGUCCAGCUGGUCAGGCCGCGCCGGGCAAGCGGGUCGGUCCAGCUGCAGCCCCCCCCGAGAUCGCGACAGCAGUCGCGCCCGAUUAUUGGCCGGUGCAACCGCCGGGAGUUCCCCGCGAGGGAGGCUGGCGGGGAGGGCGAGAGCAGGGGACGGCGGGGCUCCGGGAGGUGAGGGGCGGGCUACCUACGCCCGCCCAGGACCGGCGUCGGCGUCGCCCCCCCCAGUGGGGAGAGAAACGGAGGCCGAAGAGCGCAAGGGCCGCGGCUGCGGGGAGGGGGGGAGUGAUGGAGGGAGCGGCUCGGUUUCGCCCCCGCCGGUUUGGCAGCAGGGGGGUGAGAUGUUCUUGGCGUUGAGCGGCGGGGGUGGGGGGGCGCGGCGCCGCGUGGCUUGGGGGCGGGGGGGGGCAGGAGCAGUUGCCCAUCGCAAUCCCAAUGGCGACGGACGUGAUGGCGGCGGCGGCGGCAGGGGCGGCAAGGGCAGCAGAACCGAGCUCCCGCCAUGUCCCGUCUGUAUUGACCGUCUCGACCCGGCGGUCUCCGGUAUACCGUUGGCGAGGAGCGGCAGCAAGAGCAGCAGCAACGGCGGGGGGGAGGGGGGUAGCGGCGGCGGCGGCAUCACGGGGGCGAUUCUCGGCAGCUGUCGCCACCGAGAAUGCAACUCUAGAGGGGGGAAAGCGGGAGAGGCUUCAGCGGCAUCAGCUGCCGCCGCCGCCGCCGCCGCCGCCGCGGGAUCCUCGCCAGGCCCGAAAUGCAGUGUCAGCGAUGAUGAUUCAGCCGGGCAUGACCCUGGCUGCGAGAAGAAGGAAGCCAGCCCAACGGGACAGGCGUUGGGCGGGGACAAGCACAGGGGCAGGGGGCCCCGGUGGGAAGGAGAGAGGACUAGGCAGGGGGGGGGGUCGGGGGCGACACCGAUGGACGCGCUGCGGCCGGGGGGGGAGGAAGGAUUGCGCGGCGAAGGGCGAGAAGGCGCCGGCGGUGGUGGUGGUCCCGCCCUGAACGUGACGAUGUGGAAAGGGUCGAACUGCCGAGUCUGCCGCUCGCUUAACGUGGCGUUGAACGGGGCUCCGGGUGAGCUGUGUUGCGAGACUUGCCGCAUCGCACAUAACCUCUGGAUCUGCAUGGUGUGCGGGCACAUAGGAUGCGGCCGCUACACGGGAGAGCAUGCGAGCCGCCACUUCCGUCUCUCGGGCCAUACCUACAGCCUCGAGCUCAGCACUGGGCGCGUGUGGGACUACAUCGGUGACUGCUACGCACACCGCGCGCUCCGCGGGCACCUCGCACCCUCUCAUGACAGGGCGGGGCGGCAAGGCCAAGGGCAAAGGGGGGAUGGGGCGCGCUGGGGGCGAGGUAGCUCCGGAGGCGGUCGGGGUGCCGAAUUGGGCUCAACUGGUGGAGGAGGAGGGGGCGGGGGGGAGGGGGGACGGGAUGGAUCCCCUCCGUUGUAUUCUGAGGGGGGCUUUGAUGACCAAGGAGGCGCCAGCUCUCUCAAGAUGGCGGUGGUUUCGAGGGAGUACGAGGCCCUUGUCGCGAGGCAGCUGCAGGAGCAGCAAAGGUACUUCGAGGAUCUCAUCGCCACUGCAGUGGCCGUCGACGCUGAGGCGAACGCGCCCGUGGAAGAGGUUCUCACGGACGAGGAACGGGCCGAGGUGGGCAAACUGAGGCAGGCGAUAGACGAGUUGUCCGGCAAGUACGAGGGGAUUCUGGACAGCCUCAGGACUGACGAGGAAACGGCCCGUAGGGUUCGGUCGGAGAACCGCGGCCUGGUCUCGGAGCAGCGCAGCCAGAAGCGGGAGGAGGGCCGCUUGGCCGAGGAGGCCAGGCAGACAAGGCGGCAGUGCGAGCAGCAGAUGUCGGAGCUAGAAGGGCAGAUGCAAGACUUACUCUUCUUCCUGAAGACACAGGAGAAGGUAAAAUCCAGCCCCCGUCGCCAGGAAAUAGUAGGGGGUUCCGUGGUGAUGGAAGAAGGUUCGGCCGGGGCGGCCGGUGGUGGGAACGGGAGGGGAGGCGCGAAGGAGACGGAACGGGAGAGGCUCGCUCGCAGGCUCAAGGAACGGAGUCACUCGAGGAGGGCAGGGAGCGGGGGGGCGAAGCCAAACCGUUGACAUUCAUCAGCACAAUGCGCGACAUGGAGUGCUACACGGGAGUGGCCGUAGCCACCAUGGAGAAGCAGAUCAUGCAAACUAUCCGACGGAGGUUGCGUUAGAAUUAGGAGCAAAGUGGGUGCUGGGGCCGCAUUAAAGGGUGGCGGUGGUGAAGAGCGAGGUAGGGUCUUAAUUAUAUCUUUUGUGCCAUAGCAAGCAGCGGAUGGUGCUGUCCUACCUUUCAAGGUCAGGCAGAAGGGGGAUUACCUGUAGACUGCUGUGCUACUGCGUUACCCUAGCAACGCACGAGAUGGGCGAUAGGGUUGCUGUGGACAGGGCAAAGGCGGGGAUGGGGGGUUGUCGACCCAAGCGUUCAGAUACCAUUGCUAAAGUCUAGCAGCCUGAAGAUUUGCCGUGGUGGCCUUUCGCUGGCUUGCAGUGGAGGUGCUCUGUCCCGAUCCGGAGACUGGUGGCAAUGCGAGGGCCACAGUACCGAUGCAGUAGGGACCCUGAUGUGGG